UUUUCAGGUCGAUGCGCUACUAAAGUAGCUUACUUAUUUACUGUUUUAUUAAAAUAAUCGUCUUCAUAAUCAUUCAUAUUUAAGUGAAAUGUUAAAGUUUAAGUAUGUAGAAUAUAUUUUUAAGAAAAAUUAUAAUUUUAAACCAUUUAGAUAGUAAAGUACUGCUUUUAUAUAAGUAAUAUUUCAAUAUGCUCUGGAUACAAAAAGCAAUGCAACUUCGGUGUAUACAAUUUUGUAAAGUCAAAUCUAUGAUUAGUAUAAUUUCAAGUCGUCAAUCUACUAGAUAUUCUAAAAUUUGUGCAUUACGUACAGAAGUAUCUCUAAAACAAUUUAAAAAUAUAAAUUAUCAAAAGAUAUGUGAUUUUCAUACAACAUCUAAGUUAUAUGUACCACCAUUUCUUGCUAUCAUUUUACGUCCAAUUUUGAGAUUGAGUGCUUUUUUACUCGGACGUGGCAUUAAACAAUGGUGGCAAAAAAAAUCUACAAAAGAAAAAGAACAGUAUAAAAUAUUGUUUAAAGAAAACAGAAACAUGUUUUUAGGAUCUUUAAGUCUAUUAUGCUUAAUAUUUAUUUUGUACUAUUUAACACACCUUGAAACUGAUCCAAUAACUAAACGAAAGAGAUUUAUAAUAUUUAAUAAGAAAGAACAAAGUGUAUUAGGCAAAUUAAUUCUUGAAAUGCAUUUAGAAGAACAUAGGGGAUCGUUGGUAUCAUACAAUCAUCCUGCAUAUAAAAGAUUAAUUAAAAUUAUAAGAAAUAUAUUGAACAAAAAUAAAGAUUUGAAUGGUGUUAAUGAAAAAGAUUGGACAUUAACUAUCGUUGAUUCUCCUAUAAGAAAUGCAUAUGUUUUACCUGGAAAAAAUAUAUUCUUCUUCUUGGGUGUUUUGGAUAUUAUUGAUAAUGAUGAUCAAUUAAGUAUUAUACUUGCCCAUGAAAUGGCCCAUGAAUUGCUAUUGCAUCCGAUUGAACAAUUUUCGCAUAGUUUAUUAAUAGACGUCUUAAUGGUAAUUCCUAUUUUAUUACUUUGGGCAUGUUUUCCUGAUGUAUUAGCUUUUCUUUCGCAAAUAAUUGGACAACAUAUUAUAAAUCUUUUACAUAAUUUACCAUUUAGUAGAGCAUUGGAAAAUGAAGCUGAUCUUGUGGGAUUAGGAUUAGCUGCAAGAGCUUGCGUAGAUGUACGCGAAGCAGUUGUGUUUUGGGGUAUUAUGAGAACACUUUCAGAAAUGAAUUUAGCAAUGGAUGUUGUACCUUGGUUAUCAACACAUCCUGCUCACGGAGACAGAGAACAAAAUUUGAAUAACAAAUUACCAAAGGCAAUAGAAUUAAGGAACUUAUCUGGUUGUCCAAAAUUAAGUCCAAUUGAUCCAAGAACUAAAUUUUACGAACGUACUAUGAAAGAUCACGAAUAUUAUUUUAAACGGAGAGGAAUAAUACCAACGUAAUAUACGUAAAAUGCAAACAUUAUAGAAGAGUAUAAUAUAGUCUGUAAGAAACAAAUGUAUUAUAACUCGCGAGCAAUAUAUUAUUUUUAUAAAAUAGUUUUUUUCCAAGUAAUCAAUCAAA